GAUGAAGGGAGCAGUAAUUAGUACCUCUGUCCAACCUAGCUAGCUUCAUAAAUACACAAACUUGGUGUUAGGUAAGGUGACUUGUUAGAAUUAAGUUGCAUAAAUAUAAGGGUGCAGAACCUAGUAUACUUGAAACAAAUUUAAAGAGAGCCAGAGUUUUGUUGACUCACUAGAAUUAAGGUCUAGAAGACCAACGCAAGGCUGCCUCUCUUUCUCAAAAGUCUUGAAUUCAACUACAUUGUUCCAUCAACAUGUCUAUCAUGGUGGAGAUAAGAGUUCCAAACUUGGAUUGUGAAGGAUGUGCUGCCAAGCUAAGAAAAGCUCUUUUCAAACUUAAAGGUGUAGACAGUAUAGAAAUUGACAUGGAAACCCAGAAAGUUACGGUAAGAGGGUACGGAUUGGAAGAGAAGAAAGUGCUAAAGGCACUAAAGCGGACAGGGAAAGCAGCAGAGCCAUGGCCAUAUCCAGUUGGAUACUCACAUUUUGCUUCAUUUUAUCAAUAUCCAAAUCACAUUAUCAGCCAUUACUACGAUACCUCAAGAAACGUCGCAGCACCAAGUGUACACACAUUCUUCCACACUCCAGCAGUUUAUUCAGUUGCAGUUGCAUCAGAUGAAGCAGUUGCUUCUCUUUUCAGCGAUGACAACCCCCACGCAUGCUCCAUCAUGUGAGAUGCAUUCUUCAUAUGCCUUUGGGGAUUUUGAACUUCAUACAUCUCCUUAAUUUUUGUAUUUUAAUUAGGUCAGUGCUAGUGCUUACAAAUUACAAUUAUUCUAGUGUUGUUAGAUUUGUUGGGUUUAAUUUAUGUCGCUGAUGCAUCUAUGUAGUGCAUUAGGCCUCGUGAUAUUGUUCCUGCGAGAAAUUUUUCUUAAAGUAGAUAUGAAUCAAGAUAGCCACCACAACGUGAAGGCUGCGUGUUGUGAACCAAACUUAUUACAUACACACCGAUGGGCUGAAGGGGUGAAUGAGACGUAAGAUUAUUAAGCCGAUUGAAAUGUUGGAGAGUUUUAUUUGGGAUCUAGACCCAAUUAUCAUUUGGUUAAAUACGACUUGGGAUUAGAAAAGAAACGUGAUUUAUGCGUAUUGUAUGUGCUUAGGCAAACUCUAUAUCUCAUCCCCUAGUCUGUGUUCACUGCUUCUCAUCUCCUUCUAGUAAUCCCUUCAUAGUUACUUAUUUCCCAGUCAAUUGUUGCUCCUUAUUUCAUUAGUAUUUCAUAUAUUAGGUUCAGUGAUACAAUCAGUGUUUGUGUUGGAAGCUUGUUUCACUAAGCUGUAAUUUGGUGGCAGAAAAUUUUGUAAUUUGGGUCAUCUUUGCAAUUUUAA